CACUGUCACAAAGCACUCUACGGGAAUCCCCUUAGUUUCACUUCCAUUUUAACUUACUAUAUAAAAUGAUUCACUUCUUUUCUGGAUCAUCAUCUUCAUUGCUGUAGUUCUACAAAUAUGUUUUUUCAACUCGUCUGCAUUCUAGCUGCCUACUUGCAAGGUGGGCUUACACAGGAUAAGCCUACACAAGAGGUGAAGUCAGUUUGUGGUGAGGACUCAAUUCUGAAAUGUAAAGCAAUACGUAAGCCUGGGGUCCAGUACCGGACGGUGAGGUGGUACAAGCUGGGUGAGAAGCCCUAUAAUAAGGAGUCUGGUCUAUUGAUGAAGAGGCUAUCACCUAACAGCACCACCCAAUGGUACGCAGGUUUGGAGCGUGAACUGGAACUUUUGGCUGACGAUUCUUUCGAUAUCUUCCUGCCCAAUGUAACGGCUAUUGAUAGUGGGAGGUACAAGUGUCUCCUGGCAGCACCUGUAGGAGAGCAGAACCAGGAGGGGCAGGUUCACCUCAGAGUGACAGGUUGCCUUGAGUCCACAUACCAAUCAGAAGAAAUGGAUACCAUUCUAGUUCUUUCCAUUGUGGGGAUUGUUGUGGCAUUGCUGAUAUUCACCAUCAGCUAUGUGAGUUACUACACUGUCAGCUGUUCCUCUGAGUUAUUUGUUUUUUUUAAACAGAUGAAAGAAACUAACAUGUUAUGGUGAUGGUUUCCAUGUAUUUAAUUUUCCUUAUUUACUUCAUAAUGCUAAUCUUUACCAUAGGUCAUCCUAAGGAAUAUGUUAUUGCAAAGGAGUAAGAAGUAUCCACAAUAACCACUUCUAGAUGCACCCUUUGAGAAGAAAGAUUUAAUGUUGAUUUACACUCUGGGGCCAAACUGGUCAGGACAGGGUUCCAUAAAGCAUGUCUGUGUGUGAGACCCUGUUCUGCUAGUUUGGGCUCAUUGUAUACUUGAAUGUGAAGAGGAAACACAGAGAAAGACUAGAGCCCAUUUGAAGCUGAGCAAGGAGCCUAAGAGUCAUGUCUACUUUCCAGAGAGUUCAUGUCUAGAGCAGAGGGAGGCAGACAAACCUCUGGACGAUCCUGUAGAACUAAUUGUGUAGGCAUGACUGCAGCAUUCAAGAGCCUGUGAUGCGCAAGGAGCAGGGCCUGGUGAAAGGACCCCACGAUCUAAGCCCCAAGAUCAAACCCCAACAUGGAGCUUCAGGAAAGGGGGAAUAAAUAAUUAAUAAUAAGGCGUGUGGGGUUCUGAGAAUAUGAAAUAUACUUAUUCAUGUCACUGACGGAGAGAGGGUAAUGUAUAAUGUUUACAUUAUAUCAGGGAUCCUAUGGUUAUCUGUAGGAGGAAGGUAUAUAGUGUGUACAAUUAAGCUUGGAAUGUGCUGAGUGCAGGGAAGCGAUCACAUAUGGCAGGCAUUGAUAAGGGGAGAGAGCCAUGGAUUAGUGAUGAAGGGGGUCGAGGUCAGGUCACGUUAUUAAGGGACAAAGAAAAGUUUAUGGCCAUAUUACACAGGAGCAUAGCAGUAAAGAUACAAUCAGAUGGGUAGGAGGAGACUCAGCCUAAGAGAAAGGGUUAAAUAUCAGUGUUUGUGUGAAAAUCUUUUUGUCUAAUGCAGCUGUAUUGAUCCUCUGGGAAGAAUAAACUUGGUAAAGCUGUCAUAGUGCCAUUGAGUUUUUACUCUGAAAAUUAGAACCUAAUAGGGGUCAUUCUGCAGGGUCUUUCCAUGGCAAUGUUGGGGUUAAUUCCAUUUACAUUUCAGUCAACCCAGUCAAUUGAAGUUUCAGUAAUUGGAAGUUGAAAUUGAUUUUGAACUGGAAAAUUAUCAAUGUGUACUGCAUUGAAUUUCAUGCCUAAUUAAAAUCCUUUAUUGACAAGUAUUGAAAUGGAAUUGAUCUGAGCACUGUUCAAUGGGACUCACCCGUGUUGGAAGGAUUUGGUGGGACAUACUGGACUCUGCACAGAGAGAUGAAAUCAACCAAGACUGCAUUCCAUCUGAGGCAAGCAAAGCUCUCAAUUAACUCUCAUUUUCAGGAAUUAUCGAUAACUUUGAGUUAUUUUGUGAGGUCAAAACAGUAUAUACUUUUUUUUAUGCAGAACCAAAAAAUAAAAAUGUCAUCCAAGCAAUACAAAAGUGGUCUUUGGUGAAUAUUGGCAAAAAGUAACUGACAGAAAAUAAACUUUGUAAAAAUCUUUAUCCGUUUUUUGAAUAUGAUCAGCAAUUCUGUGUAUGCGUUGAACAUAAAGAAGACAUGUAAAUAAUUGUA